CACUUUUUCUAAACUUAAUAUUAAUAUUAUUUGCAAUAUAUAAAACAAUUCAUUCAUUAAAAAUAAGCAUAAAUCUUGAAUCUUUUAAUGCCUAUAAUGAUCCUCCAACAGUAGCAGCUUAACCAAAUCCAAAAAACGUAAUGUUAGAUCCCAUUAGCAGGCUAAUGCUAUCCACCUAAAAAUGUUUCGCAAACUUUUUAUAUAUCACACCUUUAUGAGGAAGCGUAACAAUAUCCCAACCAACAGCGGAAGAAUUAGAUAUUUUAUAAAAAAUAACUGAUCAAGCAUAAAUAUAAUACGUAAGAGCUAAAUAAUAUUUCACAAAUAUAUGCGAUCCUGAAUAUUUGAAAAGAAAGACGUUUAUUUUUUAUGACAAAAAUGAUGCAACGAAAUAUGAAGCUUAAUAAAUUCAUGAUUUAAAAUAUGGGGUAAAUACAGAAUUAUUAAUUUAUGUAGAUUAUAAUUUUAAUUAAAAUAAUUAAAAUGAUCCUGAUAAAAAAUAUUUUUCUAUCUGUUUGGAUCCUUAGUAUAAAUCGAAAAUUGGAAUAUAGAAUUUAGCUAUGGUCAUGUUUUAUAGUGAUACAGAUAUUUUAAUUAAUCCAUAAAUUAGUGUAGGGGAAAAAGAUUAAGUUUUUUAAACUAUAUUAGGGCAGCUUAAAAAAGCCUUUUUAAUAGAAAUUUUCAAAAUUUAAAAUAUUAAUGGUUGGAUAGAUAUGGAUAAUUAACAACAAACUAUAUUAAAAAAUCCAUAAAAUUCUUUAAGAUUUGUUAAUAAAUUAAACCCAACCACAAUUUAUACUAAGAAUAUUCUAAAUGUAGCUAGAAAAUAUUAUAAUUGUAAAUUAAUUAAUGGAAUGUAUUUAGAAUAUAUAGAUGAUUUCACAUCUAUGUUAUAUAGAGAUAAAAAUUAUUAAAAUACAUUAUUAUGGAGUGGUAUAUAUGCAUUUAAUGAUAUAUUUACGAACUCUUAAUAUACAAUAUAAGAACAUUAAGUUUUGUCAAUAUUUACAAUCGCAGCUUUAUUAGAUACUGGUUUUUUUACAGGAGUAAACAUGAAUUAUGCUGAAAAUAUGACUUUUGGAAAAAAUAGAGGCUGCACUUUUUACUCAAAUACAUGUAAUGGAAAAACUAAAUUAAAUCCUGAAUAUGUGAACAAAAAUUUAGGGGCAAAAUACUGUGAUAGUGUUAAUUUUUUAUAUAAAAAUGAAGUGGUUUUGUCUGAAAAAAACUAAAGAAACGGAUGUAAGAGCGAGAAGAAAAGUUAUUGCUAUUAAAGAGUUGAUAAAUGGGAAAAUACUGAUAAAAUUUAAUACUUUGGGGAAAAAAGUAGAUGUUUUAUAUCUAAUGCGUCUACAAAUGCAGUAGCUUAAGAGGAUGAAGGUAUUAGAUGCAUUUAUACGGAAUGUAAUGCUGGAAGAGUCGAAAUUUAUCUAAAUUAAGAUUCUUUGGUUUAAAGAAGGCCUCUAAUAUGUUAAAAUAGGGCUGUUUUAAAUAUCAAUGGGGUUAAUGAUUAAAAUGGAACUAUUACUUGUCCCGAUGAUUCUGUUAGCUUUUGUGCAGUUAAUGCAAGUAAGUUAGUUUAAAAAUGCCCAAAUAAUUGUUCUAUGAAUGGAUUUUGUUUUUAAGAUAGUAUAUGUUUCUGUUUAUAGGGAAAAUAAGGAGAAGGGUGUGAAAUAAAUUGCUAAAAUAAUACAUGUCCUGAUUGUCCAGAAGGUUAAUUUAAAAAUCCUAAUAAUAUUUGUAAAAGUAGUUGCCCUUUAGGGUUUUAUGGAAUUAAUAAUAUUUGUCAUAUGUGUUUUUGGAAUUGUAAAGAAUGUAAUGGUGGAGAAUAUAAUAAUUGUACUAAAUGUCAUGAUCAUUAAAUUUUUUAUAAUAAUUAAUGUUAUGAUAUUUGUCCUGAUAGUACAUAUUUAGAUGAGGUUAAUUUCAAAUGUAAAAAAUGUGAUGACAAUUGCAAUUUUUGUGUAAAAGCAGGUGAAUGUUUAGAUGAAAUUAUUACUGAUUCUGGAUAAAUUAUUAAAUUUUUAAGCAUAUUUUUAAUAAUUAUUAUUUUUGUAUGA